GCGCGCGCGGGUCACUCCACAGUCCGCCGCGCGCUCUCGACUUUAUACACCUUUACAUUAUGCUUUCUCGGACUUUGAAGACCACAGCACCACUGACGCUAGUGAACAUCGUUGUUUAGGCUGCAAAGACACUUGUAGUCCUCCUGGAAUAUUUUUUUUUUUUAUUGGGGAAAAGUAAAAAGACUCGGACGAUGGGAGUCUGAUAUCGCCUGUUUCACGGACUGCUUCUUCUUUCUUCUUUUUUUUUAUUGGGAAAAAGAUAUAAAAUGCAGAUUUUAAGGUUGUUCGCUAAAGAGGUGUUCCUAAACUCGCCCGCUUCUUAAAUGAGCGCUUCUAUGCUCUUUUCUCCGUAGACAUGUAUCUCUAAGCUCAACGGUGCUCAACCCAUAGCCCGGAGAUGUUAGCCGUCCAACACUACAACAGUUCAGCCCUGGAUGUGAACGAAGGCUUCGAGAAUCAGACCCAGCAUGUGCCCGACGUGGCCCAGGUGUGCUGCAGGGAAAACCUGAACAUCACCACCGACCCCACGGCAGCGGGCCUGUCCAUGACCCUGGGCAUCGUGUCCAACAUCGUAGCGCUGAUCAUCCUGGCCAAAGCCUACGCUCGGCUGAGGAAGCGCUCCAAAGCCACGUUCCUGCUGUUCGCCAGCUCUCUGGUGGUCACGGACCUCGCCGGUCACGUCAUUCCGGGCGCCCUGGUUCUGCAUCUCUACGUGUCUGACUCCGGCGGACUUUGCAACCAACCCGAUGCCACCUGCCGCUUCCUGGGCGGCAGCAUGGUGUUCUUCGGCCUGUGCCCGCUGUUCCUGGGCUGCGUCAUGGCGGCGGAGCGCUGCAUGGGCGUGACGAGGCCUCUCCUGCACUCUCGGGUCAUUUGCAUGGCCCACACCAAGAUGGUGCUGGUGAUGAUAUGGCUGCUGGCUUUAUCCGUAGCGCUGCUGCCCUCCUUUGGCCUGGGCACGUACACCUACCAGCACCCGGGGACCUGGUGCUUCAUAAACGUGUUGAACAACACCAGCAUCACGGACGUCAUAUUUGUGCUGCUGUUUUCUGGACUGGGACUGGCUGCGCUGGCCGUGGCGCUGGUCUGCAACACCAUCAGCGGGGUGACGCUGGUGAACGCCCGCCUGCGCAAGAAGAAGUGCCACCGCAGGUCGGCUAAAUCACACGACAUAGAGAUGGUGGCACAGCUGGUGGGCAUUAUGGUCACUUCUUGCAUCUGCUGGAGCCCUCUGCUGAUCUUCGGUCUGAUGUCAGUCAUCCGCUCGUACAGCUGGAAGAUGAUGGAGGAUGAUCUGAAAAACUACAGGACUUUAAUGGUUACUGGAGUGCGUCUGGCCGCCCUGAACCAGAUUCUGGACCCUUGGGUCUAUAUCCUUCUACGCCGGGCCGUCCUGAGAAAAAUCUACCGCAUAACCACGGGCCGCAGUGACCUAAAAGGGAGCACAUUUCGGCGGUGGGAGAUCAGCUCCUUCCAGAACUCAAUAAAAAGCACAAUUAAUCGGAACUGAUGGAGGGAGUCCAGAGUAUGAGUUCCACCGCAUGGAAGAGAGCGGGAAAAUGGAUAAAAUGCUCUAAAACCGCAGAGACUUCAAUAAGAGUUAUAACUGAGCACAGUGGGGUUCUGGAAGUAAAAAUCCCAUUCAUUUUCCUUGUACAGAAAUUGACUUUACCGACGAUCUUUAAUUUUUGUGGUAUUUAAAUUGCCAAAUUUUGGGGAUUCAGUUCCUAACCAUGCAACAAAAACAUGCACGUUUUUGAAUUAACUUUACACAUGAAGUAUAUUGUAUUUCUCACCAUCAUUAUUACACUAUCAUCAUUUCAUACAUUACUAUUGUUUAUCAUUUAUUCAUACUACGGGGCAUUGAAAGCUUGAAUCUGAUUGGCUGACGGAGAUUCUGAGGCGUGCAAUGUUUUUUUUUUAGGGAAUCGCACAGAGAACGUAGUUCCAGGCAGCUCUUUGACCGCAUUACAGCUCCAUAUCACCACGCCAAAUGGUUUUUAUUAUUUCAAAGGUCUUACAACCAUAGAUGUACAAUAGUCAGUAUUUGGAGUGGAUCACAACCUUUCAUUUGGUUUUAGUUGUCCUAAAACUAAAACAAUACUCGUUCUCGUCUUAGGAUAACUGACCUUUUUUUGAUCCGCUUCAAAUGCUGACUACUGUAUGUCUAUGCUUACAACAGCAAAAUAACCAAAACCCACAAUGACACUAGCAAACAAAUAAAUAUAGUAAUCAAUAUGAUAAAAACGGCAGCCUAUUUCCGUGUUUUGCCACAAAAUUAUGUUUUAUUAUAUACCGAAAGCACAUACUCGAUCACUCCCGCUCUCUCUCCUCACACGCAUCAACAUAGGUUGAGAUGCCUUAGAAAUAAUCCUACUUACAAUAGCGAUUAUUCCUUACACGCGUCAUUCACAAUACUUCACGGUAACUCAUUCUAAAACAAUGAAGUACUUGUAUUUUUGUUUCAUAGCCAUUUCAAAUAGGUACUGCUUUGUCUUGGUUUGUAUUGUUGAUUGAAAUCGUAAAUCUCUGCUGAACAAUUUUCUAGAAUACCUGUGGAGAAAAUGAACUGGAAAAUAGUUCUGGAACCAAGGCUGCUCAGUCACAGUAAAUCUGAUAAACGACAAUGUGAAAUAGAUUGCAGACGUACUCCACGCGUUCCAUCAAUUUUAUAUAUAUAAAUAUUUAUAAUAAAAGAGCAAGAGUUGUCACUGGACUUAGUUGUUUGGGCCUGGGAUUUGCAAUUGUUCAGGUUUAGCAUGCACCAGAUGGAGAUUCAUUAUAAAAUGAUUCUUACAGUGACUUUAUUAAUAGUGUCUUUGAACAUAAAGCAUUGGCUUCAGACCUAUUGCACAGGAUUCUGUAUAGCCGACAUGCAGUAUUACAUAAUGUAUAUAAAAGUCAAAUAAUGAAUAAUACUGUAAAUAUCACUGCAACCUAAAAGACUAAAGGACUUUUACAUGCGCAUGAUAACCGUUUCAGUGUUCUUGUUCCUGUGCGUUUGUGUCUUGCCCUGCUAUGUGUGAUCUUGAAAAGCUAUGGAAUGUAGAAGCUAUACAAUGUUAUUUUGACCAAUAAAGGUUCACUUCAGGAA